UACCAUUUAGACACAAUGUGCUAACUCAAGCCAAGAACAACCAGAGAUAUAUUAUUAAAGUCCUCUUAAUCUGGCUUCAAGGCAGAGAUGGAAACUUCUAAAAACUCCACCUACUCAUCGCUCUUCCAAUGGUUAGGUCUUAUAGAAGAUUAUGAUCAGCCUUCUGACUCUACCCUUCCUAGAGUCAUCACCCUUCUCGCUUCGGUUCUUGGGAAGAUGAUUCAAAAGAAUGAAAAGCCAUUCCACACAAGACACAGCAAGGAGGGAGAGAUCACUAUGUUCCAUGGAUCAAGAGCACCAUCGAUGACCAUUCAUCGUUACACAGAGAGAGUCUAUAGGUACGCUCAUUGUAGCCCUGCGUGCUUCGUAGCAGCCUUUGCUUACAUCCUGAGGUAUCUAGAGAUACCAAGCAUGAGUCGUCGUCUCACAUCACUUAACGUUCAUCGCCUUCUCAUUACCAGUCUCUUGGUCGCAGCCAAAUUCUUGGAGCGCAAGUGUCAUAACAAUGCGUAUUAUGCAAAAAUAGGAGGAGUGAGCACAGAGGAGAUGAAUAGGCUGGAGAGGACGUUCUUGUUCGAUCUUGAUUUUAGAGUAAAUAUUACAACAGAGGUGUUUGAGAAACACUGUCUCAUGUUGCAGGGAGAAACGGUGCCUUGUCACUCGAGAAAACUUAGAACAGUUGUUGGAGAGGUAACUUGUAGCUGCCAAGCGAUCUAAUAAAACAAAGCCCAUAAGAUUUGCUUGGAUCUUCUUUUCUUCACUAACUAAUGUGUGUUUUUCAUGAUUAUUUGAAGAAACAGAUCAAUGGAAAAGAAACGAACAAGAAGUGGAUCUAAUUAAGUUUGGAAUCAAAACUUUUGUAUUCCUUAUUGAACAAGGCGCUUGAAACACCUAUUCGUUUGAGAAAAAAAUAUAUCAAAAUGUUUUUUUUCUCAAUUAGAAAUGGUCCAUCCGGAGCUAAAUCUGGGCUACUAAAUGUCUGACCUAACGCUCUUAUUUAGGGUUGGGCCAAAAUAAGCUUAUAAAUAUUUCUUUCUCCCA